GGUUUAAUGUAUGUGGAGUGUACUGUAUUUCACCAGCAGUUACAUCAGAAUCUGCACUCGUCAAAGAGAGCAGAAAAAUACUGACCCUGGGAAUUGAGGAUGUCCUCCAAGGCAAAAACUUCCUGGUGUGUCACCUGGACAAGGGUAACCCUCUGGUGACAGAGGACACGGUACAUCUGUGUAAUGUACAGGACAAUGAGGUGGUCAGGGUUAAAGUACACAGGGCCCAGGAGGACAGCCUUAGUUUUGAAGAUAGUCUGAUAUUUAGGCUACGACCUCGACUACAGCUGAGGUUUGAAAAUGUACACUUACCAGAUAAGUGUCAAGAAAAAAUUGCCAUAGAAAUAGAAGACCUUCAAGACAGGUUACAGUCCAAUGCAGCAGUAUUCCACAUUCAAAACAGCUCAGUUUUAUUAUCCAAUCAAAGUGAGAAUGAUUCUUCUUUAAGUACUUUGAACACAGAAGGACUGACUUGUGCAGAUCUUUUAAAUUACAUUGAUGAUGAAGAAGAAGGAAGUAAUGCAGGUUCCAAAAAGAAAAAGAAGAGCAGAAGUGAGAAUCCAGUGGGUGUCAAUGUCCUGUUCCAAGUGACAGGUGACCUUGACACUGGUAUAGGAUGUGCCCCCAUCAUCCACUACGAACACAAGGACUUUGAGUUAGUUGAGCUGGAUCUCCCUCUAGAUGUGCUGGUCCUGAUCUCACAGAGAAUGCCUCUCCAGCAGAUAGUGCCAGUGUUAGUGGAGGGGCUGUGUAGACAACUGGACGCCAUGCACAGGUGUAUCUGUAAACACAAACAG